AUGGAAGCAGUAAUUUUAGACAUUGAGGGUACGAUAUGCCCUAUAGCUUUUGUCAAAGAAACAUUGUUUCCAUACUUUUUGAAAAAGGCUCCUAAAGUACUUAAAAACCUCAGCUAUCCAUUGAAAAGUGAUACAGCAGAUAAAUACACUAAUGUUUUAUGUCAAUUUCCACUUGAGAGCAUAGUAUCGUACGAUAAAUUGAUAAGCCACAUAGAAAAUUUAGUUAAAAAUGAUAUUAAAGAUCAUGUUUUGAAAUCAUUUCAAGGUUUAAUAUGGCAACAUGGAUAUGACCAAGGGGAGUUAACUGCCCCAAUUUAUGACGAUGCAAUUGAAUUUAUUAUGGCCCUGAAGAGGAAAUCCAAAAAAAUAUACAUUUAUUCUUCAGGUAGCAUUAAAGCUCAGCUUCUUCUAUUCAAGCAUGUUAAAAGGGGAGACGAAGUCCUCGACAUGACUGAUUAUUUAAGUGGGUAUUUUGAUUUAGUCACAAUUGGGAACAAGUACGAGGGAAGCUCAUACUCCAAGAUUCUUAAAGAGAUAAAUUAUGAAAAUAAAGCAAAAGAUGUCUUAUUUCUCACUGAUAACAUUCAUGAAGCAGAUGCUGCAAUAUCUGCUGGAAUGCAAAGUAAAAUAGUUUAUAGACUGGGCAAUCCAGCUCUAGAUGAAGAAAGUAAGAAAUUUGAUGUUAUCUAUUCUUUAGAUGAGCUCAAAAUAUAA